AACAUGGAAUCUGAAGCUGCAUAAAACAUCAACAAAGCAAGCAACAAACGGACAAAUGGAAAGCUACUAUACGUUACGUGUGCACGAGGAAUGACACAUUACUUUUAAUCAGCAGUUAAUAUGAAUUCAUGCUUUUUAUACUUCAUUAAUUAUUCAUGAGAAUCUUGCUAGUUAUAGCGGGUUUCUAAUGCUGAAUAACCAUUAUGCCUGGCUCUUCAAAUUCUCAAUCGAGAGGUUAUUUAGCUCGUAUGUUAUCAGUAAAUUCAAAUGGUGCUGUUUUAAAUGGAAACGCUGGGAGUCGGUCAAAUUUAAAACGUAUGAAUGAAGAAUUAAGAUCUCACAUACUUAAACUUAAGACUGAUUUGGAUUCUGAAAAGGCAAAAUCAAAACAAACCCACAGAGAAAAAGUUGCUGAGAUUAAAAGAGUCAAAGACGAAUAUGAAAGAGAGAAUCAUAAAAAUUUAGAUAUAGCUACUUUUAAAAUGAAUACAAUAAAAGAAAAUGAAAUUAAAAGACUAAGAGAAAGUUUAACAAGGGAUAAAGAUUCAGAAAUUAAGCAAAUAAUAAAAUAUAAAGAUGAAGAAAUUAAAACUUUACAGAAGACAAUGCUGGAGGAAAAGGAGCAAGCUUUACGAAAAGCUGAGGAAAAGUUUUUUUAUGAGCAAAGCUCAAGGAAUAAAUCCUUUAGUGAUGAACAAGAAAGAAAGUUAAAAAAAGAAAUUGCUGAAUUAAAGAAAAUUAAAAAUGAAGCAGAUGAAAACCUUAGAGAACAGAUCCUUAUUGUUGCAGAAAAAAAUGAGCUUAUAAAAAAGUUAAAGAGCGGGCAUGACAGGGAACUACAACGUGUUUUACGAGAGGCUCGUCGUGAAAAUUCACGAAGUAUUUCAGAGUUACAAACUUUAAAGAGAUCUCUUAGUGAAAGAACAUCUGAAAUAAGCAAGCUUGAAGUGUAUGCUUCAAAAGUAGCAGAGGAAAAAGAAGAACUUUUGUCUGAAAAAAUAAGACUUGAUAGGCUCAGUAUAUCUCGAGAAAGAAAUUCAAUGACCAGUUCACAAGAUGGGGCCAUGCCUUUGUCACCUCGAAUGGAAAAGGAGAUGGAUUUACAUGCAAAGAAUGUGGAAUUGCAAAGACAGCUAAAUUCUGCAACAAGACUUAUCAAGAGAAUGGAUAAAGAAAACAACAGUCAGACUUUAAGUGCUACAGCUCAUUCAUCUGAACUGAGUUCAUCAUCUGCAUCAGACAAAAGAGUUCGAGAAUUGAAAAGACGGAAUGCUGAAUUGGUGGCAAUUGCAAAGAAACUAGAAGAUAAGUCGAAACAAAUUCAAAAAGAAUUGCAUGAAAUUAAAAGUCAAAAAGUUUCACGUUCAAAAGCAACUGAAAGUGUUAGCUCUUUAAAGAAGUCGUUUGCAAUACAACGGGCAAAGGAUUUAGCUGAUCAUGCACGUACAGUUCUUUUAAAAGAUAAAGAACUGGAAGAGUUACGACAAAGAAAGGAAAACCAUGAAGAGCAAAUUAUGUUUAAAGAAAUUGAGAAAGCACUACAGCUUGCAGCUAAAGAACGUUUACGGCUUGAACACCAACUUUCCACAUCAACUCCAGUUAGUACAGAAGAGGCGACGCAACUUAAAUCAGAACUAGAUGUUACUAAUGAGAUGCUUAAAGAAAUGUCAGAAAAAUAUUCUGAUCUACAGCAAACUCAUUCUGCUUGUGCUGAGCAACAGGAGUAUAUUGACGAAAAACUAGAAGAGGUAGACAUGCUAACAAACCAAUUGAAAGUGAAAGAAGAAGAAUGUGUUGCAUUGUCAAAAAAUUUAAUGAACAAAGACAAAGAAAUGCUGCAUCUAAGAAAAGAAAUGAAGGAAAAGGAAUUAACAUGUUGUGAAUUGAUUAAGGGAAGCGAUGUCUUGAAAUCUAAUGUGAAAACACUUGAAGAGAAUAUUUCAGAAUUAAAGAAGCAACUAAGGACAAUAGAGCAAUUGCGACGAGAAUAUAAAAAACUGGAGAUGGAUUUGGAUAAUGCAAAUAAUAAUUGUGAACGAAUGCUGGAGAAAAUUCGAGAGUUAGAAUAUGAGAUCAAACACUUGAAAGAGCAAGUAGACAGCCAACUGCAAGAAAUCGAUUCUUUGGAAACAUCAAAAGCAAAUUUAAAUAGGACGUUGAAAGCAAAAUCUAAACAAGUGGAGGAACUAACGAAACUUGAAGAAGAACUGAAAUUAUCUCAUAACAUGCAAAUAAACUCAAUGGAAAGCAAAUUGCAAAGUUACGAAGAGGAGAUUAGGAACCUUAAGAAUUCAGAAGUAAAGAUUUUAAAAGAUCGGAAGGAGAAAAUAAUUGAGAUGGUACAGUCUGGUAGCACGAAACAACAGAAUGUCCGAAGUAUAGCUGUUCAGACAGAUGAAAAGAGUGGAGAUUCAAUUGUAGAAAAAAAUGUCCGCAUACUUUCUUCAAUGGACAAUGAGCGAGCUUCAUUAGAUAAUGUUUUUGUGGAGGAGACCAAAUCACCUGCUUUAAAAAGAACUUCAACAUCAUCUUAUGGAAGUGAACUUGAUCCUGCAGAAUACUCCAUAAAAUCAGAAGACAUUGGUGCAAGAAUCGAGCAAUUGGCAGUUUCCAUCAGUGAAGCAGAAUCCUUAUUGGAAAUGAAAGAAUCCCCUGAAAACUUGGAACCAAAUUCUAUUGCAUUUGAGACCGACAUCGAGGAUGACGAUGAUGAUGUUGAGGUUGUUGAGGAUCAUGAUGAUGAUGACGAUAAGGAGGAGGACCAUGACGCUGAUAAUGUGGACGAUGUGGUUGUUGUUAAUGCUGACAUUGAUAAUGUCCACCUUGACAAUGGAAGUAAGGACAACGGUAACCAAACUUUUGUAGAAGUAAACGACGAAAAAGAACCACCCAAGCAAGGGACUAUUGACGAAAUUAAUCGAAUGGUUGAAAAUCUUAAAGAAUCUGGCACUAAUCCAGUGAAAUUGUUUGUGUCUCGUUACACGUAUGACCCUGCACUCUACUCCCCUAAUGAAGACCACGAGGUGGAACUACCGUUAGAACUGGGAAUGUACUUGUAUGUUUAUGGAGACAUGGAUGAGGACGGCUUCUAUCUAGCUGAACUUCAAUCUGGUCGACGCGGUUUAGUUCCAUCAAAUCUAAUCGAGAGAGUCAACGAUAAUAACAUUACUAAUUCAGCUGAUCAUUCAAACGAAAGCGACACUGAUCUUUCUGAAGGAAAACAACGUGUUCCCAUGACACACAAAGAUGAUACUGUUCAACAAGACGUUCCGAUAGCUGCUGAAUAUCUGCUUAGUACAAACGCUUUGAAAACCAAAUAUCCGACAACCGAACAAAACAACCACGUGACUCAAGAAGGAACCUUUUUACUCGAAUCGGAAGAGGAGGACGAGGAUAGUGACGACAUCGACGAAGUUUGUGUAUCGUCGCCACGCAACCUUUCCAUCGAACGCCAAUUAAAUAGCAGUAUUGUGAUCACGUGGAAGGAACCUCUUGAUCUGUAUCACGUCAAAGGGUAUGCCAUCUACGUGAACGAUCAGCUCAAACAAACAGUGUUAGGUUCAGCUCGAAGAAAAGCUUUGGUGUCUGACUUACAGUCUGACGAGAUUUAUCAUAUUUCCGUUCGCACUGUCAGGAUUGACGGCACCGAAUCAAAUGGGAAUCUAGCUGUUUUGACGGUGGGAAAAGGCUCAACACACGCACCUUACGAUUUAUCAGUUACCAACUUAACAACGGUUUCCGCUAACCUCACUUGGAAACCGUCCAACAGCUCGUACCACCAUGUUAUUUUUAUCAAUGACACCGAAGUGACGUCAACUGGACCUGGGUUUUAUAAGUUCGUGUUGAGAGAAUUGCAACCGGCAACGAAUUACUCCGUGACUGUGGAAGCGAGGACGUUUCUACAUAAAAAAUCGCCGUUAGAAUGGACAGCAACGCAGCAAUUUACGACUCUUGAUGGUAUAAGGCCCGAAGCUCCUCUUGAUGUCAGAGGCGAGUUAGAAAAUGGUCUGUUAAAUAUUACUUGGAUUCCAGUUACUAUAAAUAAACAUGGUACGUCAAACGGCUCUGUGGUGACUGGUUAUAAAGUCUACAUUGAAAACCUCGAUUUGAUUUUUGUUGACAUUGCAACGGUAGAUAGCGCCCAGAUCUCGUUUGAUAAACUCGAAAAGUUAUUUGCCGUACAUAAAGAUGAGUAUACCAUUUUUGUUCGUACCCAAUCCACAUCAGGCGAAUCAGAGAAUUCGAAUUUGUUUGUUUUGAACGUCGGGGAAGACGUAAUGCACAGCAAUAAAACUUUUACCGCCCAAUUCAUCGAAAUUGACGAUGCGCGAUUAUCAUUGGUCGAUAAUGACGUAACUGAAGAUGUUAUUACGGCUGAAAGUCAAAGCGAUGUGUUUGAAAGUGCAGAUGGCGACGAAUGGUUUGAGAAAAAUGAUAAAAGUUUUCAUGAGGACGAUACCGAAGAAAUUGAAAAGCCUACCGCUGUGGAAGAAAUGGAGAAACCUUCCCAUUACAAUCCAGAAAAUACAACUCAUUUCGCGCCUUCGCGAACUACCGAUGGGAUUGUCGUUAACGCCGACGAAGAACGAAUUAUAGUAUCUGACGACGAUUUGUCGGUGAUUGACGAAGAAUGUGAAAUCGAGCUCGUAAGUGACGGCAAAUUGGAUGACGAAGAGCACUCCUAUGCAUAUGGUUUCAAGAAAGACGAUCUUGUUGACGGAAGCAACAUGGUAUUUGACUUUAAACAAGACUCUUUCGCAGAUGGUAAAAUCGUAAUUGAAAGCCUUCCCGUGGAAACUAAAAAAGUUUCCACGAUGGAACGUAUUUUUACGCAUGACACUGAGAAACCAGAAUUGGCCAAUACUUCAGGUAUUCAAACAGAUAGCGCAGAUACGGUAGCUGAAAGAACAGACACUUUAGGAACAGGUGGUGAUACCUUACUUGACGUUUCCUCGGAAAAUAAAUUUUUAUUAACCGAAGAGUCGGAUAAAAUCACCAAAUAUAAUGAAAUAUCACCUAAUGUUACUAAAAACACAUUUCACAAAAAAUCAACAGGUGAACUAGACACUAGUUUGAAUUCAGCAACCAAUGACGUCACAUCCAGCUCGAUAAGUCGAGAAUAUGUUUCAGAAUACGUGAAAGACGUUAUAAAAUCUUCUUACGAUUUACUUAACGAAAGCUAUACAAACGAUCAGUCCGCAGAAAUCUUGAAUACUGGUGACGGAGCUGUGCACGGUCAGAGUGGGUCUCGAUCGCCGUUAUAUCCCGAUAAUAGGGUUUCCUUUAACAAAAACAAGAUGUCAUUCCAUGAUAACGAGAUGCUAUUUAACGAUAGCGGGGUAUCUUUUCAUGAUAACAAGACGUCUUUGAACGAUAACGAUGCGCUAUUUCACGACAACGAGGCGUUAUUACACGACAACGAAGUAUUAUUUCCCGACAAUGAAGUAUCAUUUCCCGACAACAAAGUAUCAUUUCCCGAUAACGACGCGUCAUUUUCUAUAUCUUCAGAGGGCGUAGCUAACUAUGAUCUAUCAAUGAAGAAUAGAAAUGAUUGGUUGGGCAAGAAUACGGAAGAUGGAAGUAACUUACCGAUCCCUACCCUAAAAAAAAUCCAAUUGAAGAAUAAUAGCUUUGGCAAAGAAGAAGAGUACACCGACUAUAGAGAUCUGGACGACAUUCAAAAUAUCGACACUAACCUACAUUCUGACGAUUUCGGUAGUAAUGCUAACUUGGUGUCUACAAGUCCUGACGAACCCAGCGAAACAGAUGAUCUAACUCCGACCAAUGACUCUUUGUCACAAUUCACUGAUUCUAUUAAUGAUCUUAUCGAGUUGGAACAAUCGCGUAACAACAUGAAAACGCAGCCGUCUAAAGAAACCGAUACUGAAUCUACUUUUAACAAAAUAAACCUUGUUUCAUCUAUAAAAGAUUCUUCCUCAGAGGUGAACGACAAGUUAGCUUCUGUGCCACAAACUUACAGUAUAAACAGUAGUGACGUAAUAAUAUCCACGCCAAAGACUUACAGUGUGAACGACAAACUUGGUGAGGCUGUAGAUGAAAAUCAUAAUAAAACGUUCAGCUUGAACUCGUAUGUUGUGUUACCGUCUUCGGUGAAUAUAAAUUCAGCUGAGUUAAUCGGUAUGUUAGAAAAGGAUGCGCAUCGAGACAUUUUGGACGAAUACCCUGAACUACCGCUCGAUACGUUUCCGCCCGAUAACCAAGAAGAGAAACUUAUUCAGCCAAUAGAAGAGCGACUAGCUUAUAACAAGGCAAUUGAGAACGAACUUGUAACGGAAAAACAAACUUUAAGACUUGACGAAAAAUCAGAAAAGCAAAUGUUCGAUGAGCCGUUAAAUUUUAAUGAUAAAAAAUUGUCACUAGGAUUUCAAAACGAUGAUGUAGAUCGCGAUGAUGGUAGUGUGAAUCCGAUAAUACCGGAUAAUCUUUUACUUACAAAUCAAACUAAACAAGACUAUUCCGAAGAGCCGCCAAAACUGGAUAAUGUUUCAACAGCUGACUCGCUCUCCGCUUUAGUGUCUUCAAGUACAGACGUUGACGCUGAUUCCAUUGAAGGCAGUGUACCUUUAUCGAAUUUCCAACUGUCGAGUGUUAAAUCAUCACGUGAUACUGAACCAACCAAUGAUCCUUCAAGCAUCGUUUUCUCUGAGAGUGAUGGCGAAGUGAACGCACUUUUAAAUAUGGAUAUGCCUGAAAUAAAGAAGAUUGAGCCCGAGUACACAGAAAAUAUGCCAGUUGGAUAUAGCAGUAAGGUUACAGAUGUGUCACCCGAGACCGGUAACGUGGCCAAACAAAUCGUUACCAAAGUAGAAGUUCAGGCGGAAGUUACCAACGCAGAUCUUGCUCAAGACAAUGACAUCAAGCCUUCUGAGGAUGGUCAAUUUUUCACACCGGAAGAAGCCAGUCUACCCAUCUCGUCAUCUGCUAAGCGCUCGCUAAAAUUUGAAGAUAUUGAUAUUACAAAGACAGCGAAGGAACCAGCGGACGCUAGCGAAACUCAAAAUAGUGAAUCUUUAAAGAUAACAAAACCAUUGAACAAUAUAUACAGCUUCGGUGAUAUUGAAUUCACUGAAAGCGAGAAAUCCGACACGGAGAUAGACGUUAGUAGGAUAGAGCCGGAUCAUACCGAUGACGACGACGAAUUCGACGUGACGCCUAUACAUGGAUUAGACGACACGACGGAAUCGAACGUUGUUAUUGAUGAAAUGGGAUCAGUGCAGAAGUUUAGUACAGAAGUGCAAAAUGAGCAUGACUUCAGUGAAUUAGCUGGAAAUGCCCUUAUGCCCCAAUCUAGUGUGGCGGAAAUUGGACUAAAAGACACUUCGAUAACGGACGAUGACGAUAAAGAUGUACCGGAUGUUUUGUCGCAACCGGACCAGAAAGACCGGAUUAGAAUUUUUGUCGCGUUAUACCCAUAUAAUCCCUUGACUAUGUCUCCAAAUGUUGAGUACGCAGAAGAAGAGCUAGCUUUCGAAGAGGGCGCUUUAAUUAAAGUUUACGGCGAGGUCGACGAAGACGGUUUUUUCUUUGGUGAAUUAGAUGGGGUGACAGGGAUGGUGCCGAGUAAUAUGGUAGCUGAGGUAGCCCUGGAGGAUGUCGAUCGCGCUCUCGAUAAGAAGAAAGAAGAAAGCGAAACGUCUUCAGAUGUAAAUAACAAGACAGAUAGUUUUGAUGUGAGCUUUAUGGUAGAGAAGAAACAAAGAAACCCUGCAGCUGCACAUUUGACCAACUCCGAACCUUCGUUACAUACAGAUAAUGAUAAUGUCUCAUUGCAAGGUAGUAGCGAAAAUGGAAAAGAUAGCUCACGUAAAGCGUCGUGGAAAACCAGUUCAACUCAACAGUUAGCAGCUCCAAAAUAUGAUCCGUUUAUGGCGAAGUCUCACAGUAUGUCCGAUGUGAGGGAUGCACGAAAAAAUGAAAGAAUAGACCCUUAUAAAUUACAACCUCUAAGGAUGAUUGCGCUGUUCGAUUAUGAUCCAACUAUCAGUUCUCCUAACGUCGAUGCUGAGAUCGAACUAGCCUUCCAAGCGAAAGAAAUUAUUCACGUGUAUGGUGAUAUCGAUGAGGAUGGUUUCUAUAUGGGCAAAAUAAACGGACGUAAGGGAUUAGUACCUUCCAAUUUCAUUCGGUUAGCAACAGAACAAGAUGAGCAGCAAAUGGUAGCCAGUGGUGGAUCGAGUCCUUCAGCACAGAAGAAACCGAAAAAGAGAAAUUCUUUAUUUCGAAAAAGCAAAAAAAUAUUGUCCAAACUAACUCGGAAAUAAAAGUGAAAAGUCCACCUCUUUAUGCAGGAAAAUUUAUUACUAUUAAAACUAUAAACUAUUAAAACUAUUAAGGCCGAGGCAGCAAUUUUCAUAAUGUGAAGAAAUAUCCCUUAAAUGAAUUUAUUUUUAGACAUUCCGGGAGAAUUUAUAACUAAGCGAGAAAUGUUUUUUUUUUAGCUUUGAGCUUAAGAACUUAACUCGUAAAUUAUUUGCUCAUUCAAGUUUCCUGAGUAUAAUAGUAGUAGAAUAUGUUAAGUAUACAAAUUUAAUAGAAUCCAUGGUCCUAAAUAUUGUCGCCUCUAAUAAUUUCCCAGCCCUUAGAUUUGGCCAUUUUUGUAUUGUUUCUUUCAACAUUUGUUGCAUCUUUUUUAAUCAGUUAUCCGAUUAUAACGUUUUCGAGAUUUAAACGAAAUGUAAAAACAGCCCAACUGUACGGAGGCCUAAUUUUUUUGUAGGUGCAACUUCUUGUGACCUUCAGUUUUGUAAGUUAGGCCGUGAAAGUGUCUUUGAAAGUGUUGUGCCUUUUGCUACCAUUUUAGUCAUGCAUGUAUUAUUUAUGCGUUAUUGGCUAUCAUUUUCAGCAUGCAAUCAAUUUUUUGUAGUAUAUAUUGUAUAUCUUCGAGUUAUUUAUUUGUAGUCAGUAAAAAUGCUUUUUUAGAAAUUUUUUUGAGUGAUAAAAUGUUUUUGUAUAAAAAAAAAUGAAAUGUAAAUAUUCAUGUUACAGAAUUUAAUAUAUAUAUAUUUGUGUUCAAAUGAUAAUACAUUUUUAUCAAUUUUUA